AUGGUGAGAACAUCAAUAGACCUCAAUGCUCCUUCAUAUGCAACAGUCAAACGCUGGGUAAAUGUAUUCCAGCGUGGCAGGGAGCGUGUGAAAGAUGAUCCCAGACGAGAGAGACCUCCAACUGCAACCACCAAGGACAAACUUGACCUUGAUCUUGGCUUGAUAAUACAAGAUCGCCGAAUAUCAUGUCAUCAGAUAGCCGAGAGACUGGGCUUCUCCACUGAAAGGACAGACAACAUUGUGACAAAAUAUAUUAAGUUCUCAAAGGUCUCCGCAAGGUGGGUCCCUCCUCUUUUGACUCCUGAACAGAAACGCACCAGGUGCACCUUGUCCAUGAGUAAUGUAGAACUGUUUCAAACCGAUGAAGAGAAUUUUCUUGCUCGUUUCAUUACUAUGGUUGAAAGUUGGGUUCAUCACUACCAGCCUGAAACCAAAGAACAGUCAAAGCAGAAAGCACACAUCUACUCCUACUCCAAAGGAGACCAGG